GCACAGGGGCUGCGCACUCCGCGGCGCCGCCUUCCUUCGUGGGGACUGUCUGUGGGGGACCCACUCGAAGUCCAAGACCCAAUUGCCAGGUACUUCAGGAUACGAGUGUUCAUGACACUCAUUGUGUCCUCCCCGUCUUUGGCCAGAAGAGAGGCUCGGAGCGGUCUCGGAGUCUUAGGCCAUCUAUAGCAGCGGUCCCUAACCCUCUGGCCGGUGGACCCACCAGUCCGUGGCCUGUUAGGAACCGGGUGGCACAACAGGAGGUGAACAGCGAGCGAGCAAAGCUUCAUCUGGGGCUCUCAUUACCGCCUGAACCAUACCCCACAGCCCGCCACAGCAUGGUCUUCUGUCCAGACUGUGGCAAAGGUGUUGAAGCAACUUUCAAAUUCUGCCCCUACUGCGGAAAACCUUUGCCUACAGAGGAGCAUGAGGGGUCCCAGACCUUUGUCAAGCCGUCUCUGUCAUCCUCCCAAGGCUCAAGGAGAAAGACGAACUCCAGUUCUGAAAUAUCUCCCAAGAAAGUGAAAUGGCUCAGCUGUACUUCCUCUCCCCCAUCAUCCCUUCUCUCAGAAGGUAACAGUUCUGAAUCUGAAGUUACCUUGAGUCCCUGUGAGAAACCCAAAGGGUGCUGGAGCAGAUCCCCAACCUCCCAGAGCAGCCCUCAGACAACCAGGCAGAGCCCUCAGACGCUGAAGCGGAGCCGGAUGACCACCUCGCUCAAGGCUUUGCCAGUGGGGACGGUGCUGACAGACAAGAGUGGGCAGCACUGGAAGCUGAGAUGCCUCCAGAGCAGGGAUGGCCAGGGCAUUCUCUAUGAAGCUGAGCCCAGCUCCGCCUUUGCCUGCGAGUCAAGUCCCCAGAAACAAAGAUUCUCACUGAAACUAGAUGCCAAGAAUGGGCGCUUGUUCAUUGAGCAGCACUUCUUCCAGCGGGCUGCCAAGCCUUUGCAAGUGAACAAGUGGAAAAAGCGGUACUCGACCCCCCAUCUGGCCAUCCCCACCUGCGUCGGUUUUGGCGUUCACCAGGACAAGUACAGGUUCUUGGUGUUCCCCAUCCUGGGGAGGAGCCUUCAGUCGAUCCUGGAUGACAACCCGAAGCAUGUGAUGUCAGUGAGGUCUGUGUUCCAGAUGGCCUGCCGGCUGCUGGAUGCGCUGAAGUUCCUCCAUGAGAAUGAGUACGUUCAUGGCAAUGUGACAGCUGAGAAUAUCUUUGUGAAUCCAGAGGACUUGUGCCAGGUGACCCUGGCAGGCUACGGCUUCACCUUCCGCUAUUCGCCAGAUGGCACACACGUGGCGUACACCGAAGGCAGCAGGAACCCACAUGAGGGGGACCUUGAGUUCAUUAGCAUGGACCUGCACAAGGGAUGUGGGCCCUCCCGCCGCAGUGACCUCCAGACCCUGGGCUACUGUCUGCUGAAGUGGCUCUAUGGGACCCUGCCAUGGACGAAGUGCCUUCCCAACACCGAGGAAAUCAUGGAGCUGAAACAGAAGUUUCUUGACAACCCAGAAGGCCUCGUGGGACAGCGCAGUCGCUGGAUCAAUACCUCAGAGACCCUGCGGGAGUACCUGAAGGUGGUGAUGGCCCUCAAGUACGAGGAGAAGCCGCCCUACACCGCCCUGAGGAACAAUCUGGAAGCCCUGCUGCAGGAUCUGCGGGUGUCGGCCUAUGACCCCUUGGACCUCCAGAACUUUCAGCCUGCAGUUUGAAAUAGAAAAAAAAAAGAAGACAUGUGACUCAAGGCCUGCUGUAGAAUCACAGACAAGCUUCUAGAAAGAUCCCUCGAAUGUGUAUCCUGCCACUUCUUUAGAUCAUCCGUCUAGAUCAGCCUCAGGGAGCCCGUAAGUUAGGCUCAGACACUGUGAACUCCCUCCUUUGACCUUCCCUCCCUUCAGCCGUUGUCUCCCACCAGCCACUGGCGUUUUGGACGGAGAAGACCCCCAAUUCACAGACGGGGGUUGGGCUGGUCCUCUCAGUGAGGACGCUGCCAUUGGCACCACUAUGCUUUAACAAUAAAUUGUUUCAUUGGA